AUGCCACUACUGUCCAUACCCUUUCCUCCAUCAAAACCAAGGCAAUCUCCCCUCUCGCUUUCAGAGAGCCCCGCCCUCUCAGGCCCUUUUCAGCAGCCUGUGUCACGUGAUACAAAUCCACUCCACGUGCUGCUCUCCCGGGCUCUCCAUUCUCCUUGCGCGCGUGCGAGCUCUGCAGUCUCCGCCUUUGUCUCUGGGGAACGGAGGGAUCCUGGUGCGGUAAGAGCAGGAGGAGAAAUAAUUGGAAAUAAUAAUUAUUUUAUUUUAUUAAUUGCAUGAUUUAUACAGAAACGAAGGGGGAAGCUGGUCUUCUGUCUUUGCAGAGGGAGGGUGUAUGGAUAAGGUAGUUUCUCCUCCCCGCUUUUUGUUCCCUCUUCUCCCCGGAAGGCCUUUAAAGGUGCCUUUAAAAGUUGUGCGGCAGGUGAAAUCUCAGCUGGUGCAGAUUUCAUUGUAGUUGCAUGGCAGGGAACCCACAACCAAGUGGUGCAUAUGCAAUCGCAGUUCCAUAGCAGGUAAAAAUCCAGUUGGUGCAGAAUUCAUCGUGGUUGCAUGACAGGUAAAAAUCGAACUGGUUCAGUCCCCCACUAUUGCAUCUUGCUAAGACUUGAAUUGGCUAGAAGCUUAAUCCAGUCUAGUGUCUAUGCCUUAUAUAUUUCUGUGCUCUGGGCAGCUGUAGCAGAGAGUGGUGACGUCUUGUCAGGGCACUGUCAUUUGAUCUGGGGGAAUUAUAAUAAUUGGCUAAGAAUGAGCAGAUAUUUGUGGAGCAAAAAGGCACUUUGCUGGGUGGAAAGUCGCCCAUGCAGUGUUUUCAGGUUAGCAUUAUUAGGGGACUUAUUAUAAAUAAUAAUAAUUAGGGGAUUCGUCUUAAGAAGAGCCUGCUGGAUUAGGCCAAAGGCCCAUCCAGUAUCCUGUUCUCAUAGUAGCCAGCCAGAAAUGUAUGGGAAACCCACAAGCAAGACUUGAAUGCCAACAGCACUCUCUCCCCACUUGUGAUUCCGGCAAAUGGUAUUCAGAGGCAGAACACAGUCAUCUCAUCUUUAUCCUCCGUGAAUUUGCCUAAUCUUUUAAAGCCACCAAAGUCAAUGGGGCUUAUGGCACUGAAGGUGCCUGUUUGGAGGACAUUUGGGAGUGUUUACCAUCAUGAUCCUUCCUCCCCAGGAGACAACGUUGCUGUUCAAUAGCCUGCUGCAGGCCAGGUUGCGCUGCCAGCUGCCUAGGGUAGGAUCCAGCUGGGCACCUACGAUGCCAAAACGGGGCAAGAAGAAGGAAGGUGAAGCCCUUCCUGAUGAGAAGGAGGCAGUGGCAGGUCAGUGUCUUCAGUCUUGGCAAUAAAGAUGGAUUUGAAUAUGGAUGGAACUUAUAUGAUACUUGAGAUAGAUAUUUUUAGGACUUACCCUGUUCUUGUGGCUCUAAUUUGUUAUAUAUUGCUGUAACUUGCUUUGGUACUAUUUUUUUGAGGGAUGGAUAUGAAAUUAAAUUGUUAUUUUUAUUAUUAUUACUACUACUACUAAGAAUAAUCUUUCAGAUGUUUUGUGUGUCAUAGUCUUUCUCUCAAACCUACUACAAGGUGGGGAAUUGAGUGAACUUGGAGGGCUGGAUCCAGAACUAACCCAAACUCUGUGAGACAUUUUUGAUAGGUGGGUGGAUUUCCUGAUGUCAUUAUGGCAUCAGGUGAUUGACAGUUGCAAGCCUCAAAGAGGAGGCAGGCUUACCUUCGAUUUUAGUGCUGUGGGCCCAUCUUUCAAUGAGAUGUCACUAUCUUUCAAUGUAACUAGUCUUCCCCACAGUGUUACUGUGAAUAUAAAAUAUUAGGAUGGGGAGAAAGAGAACUUUGUACACAGCCUUGAACUCUGUGAAGGAAAUGUAUUAAUGAAGCAAGUAAUCUAUUUUAUUAUUUAUAAAUAUAAUAAAUAAUAUUGCAUGCCCAGCGGGUUGUAUACUGCUUCGUAGCUGAGUAGGAAUUUGAACCCUGGUCUCCUAGGUCCUAGCUCAACCCUCUAACCAACACACUGGCUUGUAAUCCUACGUUGCCAGCCCUGGAGUUAAAUAAAACUGCUUCCCUGGUGUUCCUCUGCCCCAGUCUUGGUUCCUGUGUGGCAUCUUUAUAUGUCUGUUUGUUUGUGUGAAUGAAUGAAUGACACACAUGUGCUUGGAUCCAGCCUUGCAAAUAAAUCCACAGAACCAGCCUGCCUCCCCGCCCAAUCCACUAGGCUACAUGCCUACACUGACAAUAUUCAUAUAUGGACAAAAGAAAAACUGAAGCUUAUAAACCACCACUAUCUAUAAUAAUAAUAAUAAUAAUAAUUUAUUAUUUGUACCCCGCCCAUCUGGCUGGGUUUCCCCAGCCACUCUGGGCGGCUUCCAUAGAAACAAAAAAUACAGUAAAAUAUCACAGAUUAAAAGCUUCCUGAACAGGGCUGCCUUAAGAUGCCUUCUAAAUGUCAGGUAGUUAUUUAUCGCUUUGACAUCUGAUGGGAGGGUGUUCCACAGGGCGGGCGCCACUACCGAGAAGGCCCUCUGCCUGGUUCCCUGUAGCUUUGCCUCUCGCAAUGAGGGAACCGCCAGAAGGCCCUCGGUGCUGGACCUCAGCGUCCGGGCAGAACGAUGGGGGUGGAGACGCUCCUUCAGGUAUACUGGGCCGAGGCCGUUUAGGGCUUUAAAGGUCAACACCAACACUUUGAAUUGUGCUCGGAAACGUACUGGGAGCCAAUGUAGGUCUUUCAGGAACGGUGUUAUGUGGUCUCGGCGGCCGCCCCCAGUCACCAGUCUAGCUGCCGCAUUCUGGAUUAAUUGUAGUUUCCGGGUCACCUUCAAAGGUAGCCCCACGUAGAGCGCAUUGCAGUAGUCCAAGCGGGAGAUAACUAGAGCAUGCACCACUCUGGCAUCUAGUUGCUAGGGACGCGGGUGGCGCUGUGGGUUAAACCACAGAGGUUAGGACUUGCGGAUCAGAAGGUCGGUGGUUCGAAUCCCCACGACGGGAUGAGCUCCCGUUGCUCGGUCCCUGCUCCUGCCAACCUAGCAGUUCAAAAGCAUGUCAAAGUGCAAGUAGAUAAAUAGGUAUCGCUCCAGCGGGAAGCUAAACAGCGUUUCCGUGCGCUGCUCUGGUUCGCCAGAAGCGGCUUAGUCAUGUUGGCCACAUGACCCGGAAGCUGUACGCCUGUUCCUUCGGCCAAUAAAGCGAGAUGAGCGCCACAACCCCAGAGUCGGCCAUGACUGGACCUAAUGGUCAGGGGUCCCUUUACCUAUACCUAGUUGCUUGGAGGAAAAUGUUGUUGGCUACAUGAAAUCAGGCAAGUAGGUCUUUGCAAACCUUACAUGGAACCCCAAUGUUUCUCGUAACUGAUGGAAAAGCAAAUUGUUUCUUACUCUUCACUCUUUAUUCUUGCCAGAACCAGAGCCUAAGAAGGCUAAGAAAGGUGGGGCGAAAGCUGAGAAGGAGGCCGAUGGUCCAAUCCUGUACCAAGACCCCCCUGACAAACUCACCUCUCCCAGUGGCAAGAAAUACACCUUGAAGGUCACCUCCUGGAAUGUUGACGGGAUCCGAGCCUGGUUUAAGAAGAAGGGGCUGGAGGUAAGGCAUAAGAAUAGGCUCAACCGGUAGAGGCUGAUCCCUGAGGGGGAACGGGGGGGGGGCACUGCCCAGUUGACCCCAGUCUGCCCUCACAGCCCCAUCUGCCUGCCUUCCUGCUUUCAUCCUGUACUUUCAUCCUGUACCAGCUUCUUACUCCUCCAUCUCAGUCUUGCCCCCUGGAGACAAAAUGAGAAUUGCGUUGGCCAAGCCUUUCCUUGACUGGCCAUUCCCCUGCUUUAUGGGCUCCCUGCCUUCCACCCUCCCAGAAUAUGACCUGGGAUCCAUUUAUCCCAUGACUGUUCAUAGAUCUUGCCCCCCCCCCUUCCAUGAAUUUUUUGAUUCCAUUUCAAAGAGGCCGUCGUCGCCACAUCUCAUGGUCUGUGAAUUCCACAGAUUGGUUCUGGGUUCCAUGAAGGAGUCUUUCUGUUUGCGUGUCCUGGAUUUGACGCCAAUUAAUUUAUUCGGGUGAUGACUUCUGAAUGCAAGUAAUGGUGUGGGAUGUAUGUCUUCCUCCUCCCAUGUGCCUCCCUUCUCUCUCUGUACUUUAUUUUGAGCAUAAUUUUGUAAAAAGCUUGAGUCUCUUUAGCGGUUUUCCCCACCCCAGUAUCUAAAGUAGAAAAAGCCUUGCAUGGUGUAGUUCAGGAGUGGGGAGCUUGCGGUCCUUCAGUUGUUGCUGGACUCCAAAUCCCAUCAGCCCCAGCCAGCAUGGUAUGAUGGGAAUAGGAGUGCCAGAUCUGGAGGGCCACAGUUGAGCUACGUUGGACGAAAGCCUCUGCCUGGCAGUUUGUGUCCUUCCCUGCUCCCCUUCCACCUUCGUUACAGCCGUUUCCCCUGAGUUGCGCUUCACCAUGGCUACCCAUCGCGUUAAAUGUUUCCUUGGAGAUGAUGUAGCCCCUCGAGGGAGAGUUGCAUUCCCACCCUCUCAUGGAGAAGCAAUUAGGAGCCAGUGGUAUGGCAACCAGACGUCCUUCUGGGUAAACUGGGGAAUCCCCCUGGGACUGCAGGAAGCAAGCAACUGAGCCUGUGAAGGCCAACAACCAGGGCAAUCUAUUUGUAUCCUACCUUUCCUCUGCUUCUGAGGGAAGAGUUGAGCCACAGUGAGGCCUUCUCUGUCACGGGGCGAUAGACUGGGACUAAAGCAACCUUUUGCUCUUCCCCUCCCAGAACAGACUUCUCAGUAGCGAUGUAGGAGUGCAAGUGAGGGCUGCAACAAAAUGUUGCUGUGCAGAAUGCUCCCAUUCUGGGUGCCAGCCAGCCACGCCCUGUUGCAGGGUGCUCCAUUCCGUUCUCCCAUCUGGCUUUGUCAUCUACCCCCCCCACCCCCACCCUCAAAUACUCAGCAUUCCUUUGCAUGCUCAGGCUUUAUUGGACUAGGUUUUUUGUUUUGUUUUAUAGGGAUGUUCUUACAUUUUUGCUCCCCUAAAGACUGUUUGCAAAUAUUGGGGAUUCCCAGAUAUUGCUUAAUGCCCCUCUCAUUUCUGUGCGGUGCUGUUUUGGUACAUAAGAGCCAAGGAAUUUGGGAACUGUGACGGCUAUUGGAAUGUGUCCGUUGUACUCCAUAAUGUCAGUGAUGACUGGCAGUGGUUUUCCAGGUUUCCAGCCAUUUUUCAAGAUGUUGGGGAAGCAUGUUGAAGGACAGCAUAUAAGUGAAUAAAUACGCAUCAUCACAGCACUGCUGUGAGGGAGUAUUGCCUGAGACGGAACACUUAGUCCACAAUCAGCAAGCUUCGUAUCUGGGUGGGGAUUUGAACCCAAGUCUCUCUGGUCCUAGAGUUGACCCUAUUAUUACUACAAUUGUACCUUGGUUGACGAACGCCUUGUGACUCGAACGUUUUGGCUCCUGAAUGCCGCAAACCCGGAAGUGAGUGUUCGGUUUGCGAACGUUCUUUGGAAUCCGAACAUCCGACACAGCUUCUGUAGCUUCCGAUUGGCUGCAGGAAGCCGCAUCUUGGGUUUCCAAAUGUUUUGAAAGUCCAGCGGGACUUCCGGAACGGAGUCUGUUCGACUUCCGAGAUAGGACUGUACUACUACACCACACUAAAGCUCAGCCGGUAGAGCAUGAGGCUCUUAAUGUCACGGUCGUGGGUUCGAGCCCCAUGCUGGGCAAAAGAUUCCUGCAUUGCAGGGGGUUGGACUAGAUGACCCUCAUAGUCCCUUCCAACUCUACAGUUCUAGGACUCUAGGAAUCCCUUCAGUACGUAGCUAGUUUCAUCAGCAAGCCAACCCAGUCCCCUCUCAGUCUGCUCCCCACCCUGCUAAAUCCCGUUUUUCUUUUUUGUGAGAAGAUGGGAGACCUGACCUAAAGCCAUCUCUCCCCACAGUGGGUGUGUGAGGAGAAGCCAGACAUACUCUGCCUCCAAGAGACGAAAUGCGCUGAAAAACAGCUGCCAUCCGAGAUCCGGGAUCUGGCCGACUAUCCCCACAAGUACUGGGCCUGCUCCGACGACAAGGAAGGCUACAGUGGGGUGGCCCUCCUCUCCAAGGCCAAGCCUGUCGAUGUCACCUACGGUAUCGGUAAGGACUUCUGAAACCCCAUGACUAACUGCAGGUGGGGACUUUCUGACCUAGGGGCUGAAUGUGGCCCUCCAGGCCCCUUGUCUGGCCCUCAGAACUCUCACCAGGUCUUGCCUCUCUUGUCUGGCCCUGUCUUCACACCUCAAGUGUUUUUAUGUGUCCUUGAACUCUGAUGGCUUCCGCUUGUCCAGAUGGAGGAGAGAGAGGAACGUGUGUAGAAACUGUGUGAACGUAAAGUUUGUAUUAGUUACUUCAUCCACUUUCCCCUCUGUCCUCCCCCUCCACCAGCAUGUGGCCCCUGGAAAGUUGUCCAGACAGAAAUGCAGCCCAAGGGCUAAUAAAGGCCCCUCACCCCUAAACUACACUGUCCUCUGCCGCAAAUCUAUCCUGUUUUGUCCGCAAGUCCUAUGUUUCUCUUUGCGUUUGAACGGCACCCUUGUUUAUCUUACAGCUAGCAUGGACAAUGGUCAAGGAUCAUGGGAACUGUAGUCCCAAACAUGAGGAUUUUUACAAUUUUCACUGUACAGUGGUGCCCCGCAAGACGAAUGCCUCGCAAGACGAAAAACUCGCUAGACGAAAGAGUUUUCCGUUUUUUGAGUCGUUCCGCAAGACGAAUUUCCCUAUGGGCUUGCUUCGCAAGACGAAACGUCUUGCGAGUUCUUGCAAGUUUGUUUCCUUUUUCUUAAAGCCGCUAAGCCGUUAAUAGCCACUAAGCCGUUAAUAGCCGCUAAGCCGCUAAUAGCCGUGCUUCGCAAGACGAAAAAACCGCAAGACGAAGAGACUCGCGGAACGGAUUAAUUUCGUCUUGCGAGGCACCACUGUAAAUCAGUUUGGGACAAUUGGUCGACUGUCAGGUCUUGCAUAGGCCCUGACGAGGUGCUUUGAAAAGAGCUCUGUAGCCAAAGGGAAAAAAGGUCACCUGGCGACAGCUAGUGUGGCGUAAUGGUUAGAGUGUUGGGCUAUGACCUGGGAGACCAGGGUUCGAAUCCCCACUCUGCCUUGUAGCUCACUAGGUGACCUUGGGCCAGCCACCGUCUCUCCGCUGGUGUACGUAAGUGUAAGAAAAGGGGUAUAUAAAUCAAAACAAACAUUGUGACUCAAACUCGGCCUGCAAGGCCUGGGGGAGACCUAGGUUCCCCACCAGAUCCAGUUGCCCGUUCUGCUACUCCGUAACCGGCCACCGUUUCCGUUCUCUGCCCCCCCCGCAGGCGAGGAGGAGCAUGACAAGGAAGGCCGGGUGAUCACGGCCGAGUUCCCCUCCUACUUCCUGGUGACGGCCUACGUCCCCAACGCGGGCCGGGGCCUGGUGCGACUGGAGUACCGUGAGCGCUGGGACGUGGCCUUCCGCUCCUACCUGCAAGGCCUGGCCGCCCGCAAGCCACUUGUCCUCUGCGGGGACCUCAACGUGGCCCACCAGGAGAUCGACCUGAAGAACCCCAAGGGCAACAAGAAGAACGCCGGCUUCACCCCCGAGGAGCGGGAGGGUUUCGGCAAGCUGCUGGAGGCUGGCUUUGCCGACACGUUCCGCCACCUCUACCCUGACACCCCCUACGCCUACACCUUCUGGACCUACAUGAUGAACGCCCGGGCCAAGAACGUGGGCUGGCGGCUCGACUACUUUGUUGUCUCCAAAGACCUGCUGGAGAACGUCUGCGACAGCAAGAUCCGAUCCACGGCCCUGGGGAGCGACCACUGCCCCAUCACCCUGUACCUGGCCAUGUGAUGGAGAGUCAAGGGAAUGGAGGGCGGUUACUAUCAUGGGUCCUCUGAUAAUUGCAGCUUGAACCAAGAGGUGGAUAGAGAGACCCAGCCCUAGAAAGUCCUGAUUGUGGGAUUUGAGAUCAUGUUCUUUCAGUAUGCCAGGGGUCGCCAACAUGGUGCCAUCCAUAUGUCUUGCUCUUGGGAAGUGCAAUCCACAACAUCUAGAGAGCAUUAUGGUGGCAAACUCUGACCUAUGUUCAUGCCCACUCUUCUCUAGUGGGAGCUUCAAAUUUCUCUGUUAUUUCUUUGUUCACAGCAAGGUAUCUGCCCUGGGUUGCCUGCUCCUGAUCGGGGAGACCGCCUCUUUUGCAGUUCCGCCUCUUCCCCAAGGAUGGUUUUGGGCUUGUGAAAUGGUGCAGUGUGCUGGGGGAAUCCAGUGCUGCAGAAGUUCAUGCACCUUCCCCCCCCCACCCCCGCCGCCUGUUGCAAGUCAGCAGGGUCCCAUUUUCCACUCUAGAGCAGAUGGGAGGGAAGAGGCGGGAGAUGCAGGAUAAGCCAUAUGGUGUCUUUCUGACUCAGGGCUGUUAAAUGUGAGGUUGGUAUCGCUGGUUCAGCAGCUGGCAACCCUUGUGCGAUGUGGUUCUCGAAAGUGGAAGUUUCUCUGGUAUUUAGGAAAAGUUGGAGUUUUCUCUCCAUCAACCUGAUGCUGUUUUCCAUCUCCUUUGGCCUCUAACUGUCCAUCCUCCCUCCCUUAUUUUUCUACCUAGCAGCUACCAGUUUUCUCCUUACAAAAAACUGUCCCCCUCCUCUAGGCAGCAAUGGUGCUCUGAGACAAAAGAUUUAACUCUUCUGGAAAAAGUGUAUUAAACUUUCCUUUAUAUAUAUAUAAAAUGUGAAUUUCUACAGCUC